AUGAAAGACUCUGGAAAAGGAUUUCUUAAGGUAUGAAUCACGGGAAAACUUUUCAAACUUCAGAAAGACGAAUUCAGUCAGAUGCGACGUACUUCUUCUUGUUAGAAUUAGCGUCCGCUUUCGUCCUUUCUGCCGCCCAUAAUGUUCUUUUCUUCGUUCUGGAUAUCAAACUAAUCGCCACCAGUUUUGCCCAGUUUCUCUUCACGUUUCUCUUUCUCAAACUCAUCCAUUUUGCCAGUUUCAUACCGACAGCUCAAAUUCCUCAAAAGGUGAACGUCCAACAUCUUUUUUUCCGAAUCAAUUGUAGUUUUUAGAACUUGUUGCCGGCUGCCGGUGCAAAACUUCUUGAAAUCAUCAUUGCUUCGUUUGCAAACUCUCACAACAGAACAGGAGAACUCUUUCUUGUCAGAUCGUUCGACUUUCUUUUCUCUGGAGCUGUUAUUUUUUAUUAUUCCGCGCGGGCGUCGAACAAAAACCCGCCAAAGUAUGAUUACUGGCUUGUUGUAAGUGAGCUCACUUCUCUUCUACAUAUGUACAGUUUUUUUUAAAUCUAUUUCUAGGCCCCUCUAGCAGUUUCGGUCUCCAUCGCCUGGCUGGAACCGGGACAAAUUGAGUUUACCGCUCUUUCUUUCUUUGCCGCAUUACUACUUCCGUUUGCCAAGGCACUGUCAUUGAUUCUGCUCAAAAACGGAAUGGAAUGUCAAGGAAAAGGUACCUCGAAACUUCUUGUACUCUUUUUCAUGAAUCUUCUAGGACACAUCAACGCCUUCAUGCUGGACUACACUCGUCUUGUCUCUCUUCUCCUUUUCCUUCCGGCCCUUAUUUCUUACUCAAGGACCAAUGUUGAAGUGACCGCCAGUUGGGAAUCCAUCGACUACGUUAGUACUCAGGAUAUUAUCAAUCUAUGAAACAAACAGUUACAGGUUCUCAUGUCCCUUUCCUUCCUCUUCAUGAUCUGUAACCUCUACAGUCAACUGUGGCUGUUGCUGACUCUUCAUCCGCACACAUACCUGAUUCUGGACAAUUCACGUAACUUGCUGGCUUCGGUAAGUUUCAGAUAUCUUCGCAAAAACUGAUUUUGGCUUCAAUUUCUCAGUGCGCCCAAUGGAUCAUUCAAAACAUGGCACAUCCAAGUCUGAUCGCUUUCGGAGCUAAGCUAGUCGCUUUUUCGUCACUCUUCAGAAUCUGGACACGAUCCUAA